AACUAAAAUUCAAAAUGUUUUGAUCCAAUCCGUUUUGUCUCAUUUUCCCAUCUUCUCUCUCUUCUUCGCCGUCCAACGAAUGGGAGCAUUCAGAGUUCUGAGCAGGAAGCUCAUCAACCUCACCCAUCAUUCACCGCAGAAUCUUCCGAUUCCGGCCAAACGCCUCGCUCAUCCAUUUCCAGCUUCCAACUUUUCCUAUGGCUUCAAAUCGUUCUCACAUCCAUGGCAGUAUUCUCAUUGCAGAACUCUUAUUUUGGAGUCAGUUUCUUCUGAACCGGUCCGGCUUCACCGACUUUCCGACUCCGAUUCUGGAAUUGUCGAGGUUCAUUUAGACAGACCUGAGGCGAAAAAUGCCAUUAGCAAGGAAAUGCUGAGGGGAUUGCGUCACGCCUUUGAAUCUGUUGAUUGUGAUCCAUCUGUCAAUGUUAUGAUGAUCCGCAGCACUGUCCCAAAGGUGUUUUGUGCAGGUGCCGAUUUGAAGGAGCGUAAAAAUAUGACAGCAUCAGAAGUGCAAUCCUUUGUCACCUCACUGCGGUCUGCAUUCUCAUUUUUAGAGGCACUUCGUAUUCCUACCAUUUCAGUAAUUGAAGGAGCAGCACUGGGUGGCGGACUUGAAAUGGCGCUGGCAUGUGAUCUUCGGAUAUGUGGGGAAGAUGCCAAACUCAGUUUGCCAGAAACCGGACUUGCUAUCAUUCCUGGUAUGUACGAAGAGAUUACACGUGCUGAAUGUGUUUUUUGCAGGGCAGGUGGGACUGCAAGGCUUCCUAGGCUGGUUGGGAAAUCAAUAGCAAAGGAACUUAUAUUUACUGGCCGUAAGGUCAGUGGCAGAGAUGCUAUAUCUAUAGGUCUUGUCAAUUACUGCGUCCCUGCUGGUGGAGCUUAUGUAAAGGCACUAGAAAUUGCCCAGGAGAUAAAUCAGAAGGGUCCACUAGCAAUAAAGAUGGCGAAGAAAGCAAUCGACGAGGGGCUCGAGGUCGGUCUGGAAUCAGCUAUGGAAGUAGAAGAGGAGUGUUACAAAGAACUGUUGAACACGGUAGACCGAUUGGAAGGAUUGGCCGCCUUCGCCGAGAAGCGAAAGCCAAGGUAUAGAGGAGAAUAGAACUGUUGUUUCCUCAAUACAAUGUGGUUGUCUCUCAUCUUCAUUUUACUUCUUAGAACACAAGAAGAAAUGCAAGCUUUGCAUAAGUGUAAUGCCUCAUUGGAAACAACCUUGGUUGGUAUAUAUCAAUUCUACAUCAAUAAAUAAAUUGAGUUAACAACAACCUUAC